AUGGAAAAAGCUAGUCCCAAGAUCUCCGACUCCGACGAUGCUCGUUACCCAUCGGAGAAUGAGAAACACAUCGAAGGCGGUGUUCCUGUUGCUGUUGCCGCGGUCCCAGACCCAGACGAAGGCCUCAGUGAAGAGGAGCGGAAGCGUAUCGAUCGCAAACUGCUGUGGAAACUCGACAUCCAGCUGAUCCCAUGGCUUUGCCUGCUCUACCUGAUCUCCUUCUUGGACCGAACCAAUAUUGGAAAUGCCAAAAUCGACGGUCUUCAAGAAGACUUGAACCUAACUAAUAACGAAUACAAUGACACCUUGACCAUUUUCUUCAUUUCGUAUUCGUUGUUUGAGCCUUUGACGCAGAUUUUGUUGAAGCGGUUCAGGCCGUCCAGAUUCCUUCCUACGAUCAUGGUUCUAUGGGGUGAGCAGGCUUAA